AUGUCUCACCGAACUUACAACAUCGCUAUGGUUAGCGACUUCUUCUUUCCUCAGCCAGGAGGAGUCGAGAGCCAUAUCUACCAGCUUGCAACAAAGCUGGUUGACCGAGGCCACAAGAUCAUUAUUGUCACGCAUGCCUAUGAAGACAGGAAGGGCAUUCGAUACCUGACGAAUGGCAUCAAGGUUUAUCAUGUUCCCUUCGCGGUUAUUUAUAGAUCCGCCACCUUUCCGACGGUCUUCUCUUUCUUCCCGUUGUUCCGCAAUAUUAUGAUCCGUGAGCAAAUUGAGAUCGUUCAUGGGCAUGCCAGCUUGAGCAGUCUCUGCCAUGAAGCCCUCCUCCAUGCGAGAACCAUGGGCUUGCGCACCGUUUUUACAGACCACUCUCUCUACGGGUUCGCAGAUGCCGCGAGCAUCUUAACUAACAAGCUUCUCAAAUUCACAUUGAGCGACGUAGAUCAUAUUAUCUGCGUGAGCCAUACAUGCAAGGAAAAUACGGUGCUCCGAGCUGCCCUGGAUCCUUUAAUGGUGUCCGUCAUUCCGAACGCCGUGGUGUCUGAGAACUUCAGGCCCCUGAACUACCCAGCCGAGCCACCUGCCCCAGGUGCUGCGUUCAAACAGACCCCACCCGCACAUCAAUUGGGUUCUAACGAUCCCAUCACCAUCGUGGUUAUCAGCCGCCUGUUUUACAACAAAGGAAUCGACCUGCUUACCGCCUCGAUACCUCGCAUUCUCGAGAACCACCCCAACACUCGUUUCGUAAUCGCCGGCUCGGGCCCGAAAGCUAUUGACCUGGAACAAAUGAUUGAACAAAACGUCCUGCAAGACAAGGUUGAAAUGCUGGGCCCCGUACGGCACGACCAAGUGCGCGACAUCAUGGUGUGCGGACAUAUCUACCUACAUCCCAGUCUCACGGAAGCCUUUGGCACUGUCAUUGUUGAAGCAGCAAGUUGCGGUCUCUACGUCGUCUGCACUGCAGUCGGCGGUAUCCCUGAAGUCCUACCUGGGCAUAUGACAGUCUUCGCUAAUCCCGAAGAAGAAAGUAUCGUCACAGCCAUGGGCAAGGCCAUUGCUGCGCUCCGGGCGAAUAAGGUCCGUACGGAGAGAUUCCAUGAUCAGGUCAAGGCAAUGUAUUCGUGGGACAACAUUGCCAAGCGCACUGAGCGUGUGUACAGGGGCAUCACUGGUGAUAUCAGCGAGUCGGAGUUCUACGGGUACGACGAACGCAAUGCGGCGGAGUGGAGCGCCACUAGGGGCCGCUCAGGCGUCCGAAGCUUUGCUCUGAUCGACCGGUUGAAGCGGUACUAUGGAUGUGGUGUUUGGGCAGGCAAGCUGUUCUGCCUGUGUGUGGUCAUCGACUACUUGAUAUUCUUGUUUUGCGAGUGGUGGUGGCCGAGGGACCGGAUCGACAUUGCUGCGGAUUGGCCAAGGAAGCAGCUUCAGAGUGACGAUGAAGAUGAGAAGGCAUAA